UACCUCAAUUCUCCUCGAUCCUCACGCCACACCCCUCCCUCUCUUUCUCUCUCUCUCUCUCUCGCUCUUGCUCUUUCCAUUCGUUAUAGCACGAAUUACGACGAUAGAUCGAGAGCGAGCGAGAGAGAAAGAGGAAGGGGAAUCCGAACGUGAAAAUGGACAACUACUACGGGAACCCGUACCCGCCAUAUCCGUACGGUUAUCCUCCUCCUCCUCCUCCUCCUCCUACUGCUACGCUUCCCCACUACGAUUCCCACCAAACCCCUUCUCCUCCUCCUCAUCCUCCGUAUCCCUACCUCGCCCCUUCGAGCUCCUUCCCCGCCCACGCCCCGAACCCCUCUCCCCAAUUCAACCAUUCGGGGCCCUUACAAUACCCUCCUCCCCCAUCCUACGAUCCCUACUACCCCCACCACGCGUACCCUAACCCUACCCCCUACGAUCCCAUCCCACCCUCUUCUUCUUCUUCUGCUUCCUCGAGCUUCCACCAUGGCGGAAGUUCCCGCUUCGAACAUGAUCCUUCCUAUCCUUCUUCGGGCUCCGAGAGCUUCUCCUCCUCCUCCGCCUCGAUGUACCCUCUCCACGACGUCAUCGCCUCCAUGCACCUCUCCGAUCCCCCCCCCGCCGCCGCCGCGGCGUCCCACCACCGCGCCGACUCCUUCGGCUUCUCCGGAUCGGCGUCGCAACACGGCCAGCUCGUGCCCUACGGCGGCGGCGGCGGGGGCGGGGUGUCGCAGCACGGCGCGGCGGGGCAGAUCGUGCCCUACGGCGCGGCGCCGCACGGCGUGCAAGCGUCCCUGAAGGUGCUGCUCCUCCACGGGAGCUUGGACGUGUGGGUGUUGGACGCGAGGAACCUCCCCAACAUGGACAUGUUCUCGAAGACCCUCGGCGACAUGCUCGGCCCCCGCCUCACCAGCUCCCUCAGCGGCAAGCUCGAGAAGGUCUCCUCGAUCACCAGCGAUCCCUACGUCACCAUCACCGUCGCCGCCGCCACCGUGGGCCGCACCUACGUCGUCAGCAACAGCGAGAACCCCGCCUGGAACCAGCACUUCAUUGUCCCCGUCGCCCACGAGACCGCCGAGGUCCGCUUCAUGGUCAAGGACAGUGACGUCGUCGGCGCACAGCUCAUCGGCACCGUUUCGAUCCCCGCGGAGCAAAUUUUCUCCGGAGAGAAGGUGGAAGGAACAUACCCAAUUCUGGGUCAGAAUGGCAAGCCCUGUAAGCCCGGUGCCGUUCUCCGGCUAUCGAUACAGUACAUCCCAAUGGCGAGGCUCAGCGCGUACCAUAACGGGGUCGGUGCCGGCCCCGACUACUUCGGGGUGCCGAAUACUUACUUCCCUUUAAGGAAGGGUGGGAGGGUUACUCUGUAUCAGGAUGCUCAUGUCCCCGACGGUUGCCUCCCGGGGCUGGUAUUGGAUCAUGGAUUUCAUUAUCAGCAUGGAAAGUGUUGGCAUGACAUAUUCGAUGCGAUAAGCCAGGCACGGCGCCUGGUUUACAUUGUGGGGUGGUCGGUGUUUCAUACAAUUCAACUGGUACGCGAUACCGGCGGUGCGCAGGCUCUUACGUUGGGUGAUCUUCUCAAGUCUAAGUCGCAGGAAGGGGUGAGAGUGUUGCUUCUGGUGUGGGAUGAUCCGACUUCGAGGAACAUUUUGGGGUUUCAAACGAAUGGUGUUAUGGGUACUCAUGAUGAGGAGACACGUCGAUUUUUCAAGCAUUCUUCAGUACAGGUGUUGCUUUGUCCCCGUUCUGCUGGAAAACGACACAGCUGGGUGAAACAACAGGAAACUGGGACUAUCUUUACUCAUCAUCAGAAAACAGUGAUUAUGGAUGCUGAUGCUGGUCAUGGUAGAAGAAAAAUCAUUGCUUUUGUUGGAGGCCUUGAUCUAUGUGGCGGACGAUAUGAUACUCCAAGACAUCCUUUAUUUAGGACCCUCCAAACAUUGCACAAGGAUGACUACCACAAUCCUAAUUUUGCGGGACUUGAUGCCCGUGGCCCAAGAGAACCAUGGCAUGACUUGCAUUCUAAAAUUGAUGGUCCGGCAGCUUAUGAUGUUUUGACAAACUUCGAAGAGCGCUGGUUAAAGGCAUCGAAACGUCAUGGGAUUAAAAAACUUGGAAAGUCACAUGAUGACGCAUUACUCAAGACUGAAAGAAUUCCUGAUAUUGUUGGCAUCCAUGAAUUAAUAAAUCAAACUGAUUACGAUCCAGAGACUUGGCACGUCCAGAUCUUCCGGUCAAUUGAUUCAAAUUCUGUCAAAGGUUUUCCAAAAGAUCCAAGAGAGGCAACCAGAAAGAAUCUUGUGUGUGGAAAAAAUGUGUUGAUCGAUAUGAGCAUACAUACAGCUUAUGUGAAUGCAAUCCGAGCAGCCCAACACUUCAUUUAUAUUGAGAAUCAGUACUUCCUUGGAUCUUCAUUUAAUUGGGAUUCAAACAAAGACAUUGGUGCUAAUAAUCUUAUACCAAUUGAGAUUGCCCUUAAAAUUGCAAACAAGAUUAAAGCAAAUGAGAGGUUUUCUGCAUAUAUAGUUAUUCCAAUGUGGCCGGAGGGUAAUCCAACUAGUGCUCCUACUCAGAGGAUCCUUUUUUGGCAGAAUAAAACGAUGCAGAUGAUGUAUGAGACAAUCUAUAGGGCCUUGAAGGAAGUAGGACUGGAGGAUAAAUACGAGCCACAAGACUAUUUGAACUUCUUUUGCCUUGGCAAUCGGGAGGCUGUAGACACAUAUCAUGCUUCGGAUGGAACUUCAAACUCUGCAAAUACUCCUCAAGAACAUGCUAGGAAGAACAGGAGAUUCAUGAUCUAUGUACACUCGAAAGGCAUGAUCGUGGACGACGAGUUCGUGAUACUUGGAUCAGCGAACAUCAAUCAGAGGUCCUUGGAAGGUUUGAGAGAUACCGAGAUCGCAAUGGGUGCUUACCAGCCGCAGUACACAUGGGCACGGAAGCAAUCUGCUCCUCGUGGACAGAUACACGGCUAUAGAAUGUCACUCUGGGCCGAGCAUAUAGGAUUUCUCGAGGAGAGCUUUACGCGCCCGGAGAGCCUUGAAUGUCUAAGGCAUGUCCGGUCUAUCGGAGAAACGAAUUGGAGACAGUUCGCUUCCGAUCAGAUCACUGAGAUGAGGGGCCACCUUCUGAAAUACCCCGUGGAUGUCGACCGCAAGGGCAAGGUGAGACCCUUGCCCGGCUGCGAGACUUUCCCUGAUUUGGGCGGAAACAUUUGCGGCUCAUUUCUCGCCAUUCAAGAGAAUCUAACAAUAUAGAAAAGGUAGAGUAGACAUCAAAGCUGCUGGGUGACCUGCAGGUAUUCUGAGAAAAACAGGCCUCAGCUGACAUUGCGCUGAUUAAAGAACAUGAAUUUGUAUAUCAAUUUAUUUAUAUUAUAUAAGCAUGUAUGUGAGUUGUGUAGCAGCUAUUUUUGGCUGUCUCCCGGCUUUUGUGAUGUAAAUAAAUUUAUUUUAUGUGCUGAAAUUAUGUGGUUUGUGCCCUUAGUUUCA